GCCGCCGCCGCCAUUUCGGGCGCUGCUGUGAGGCUGAGACCUGAGCCGGUCCGCUGGGCGGCGGGCACCGAGGCUGGAGGGGCGUGCGCGGCGGCGGCGGCCCAGCGUGUAGGCGUGGAGGCGGCCAUGGCGGGCAACUUCGACUCGGAGGAGCGGAGUAGCUGGUACUGGGGACGGUUGAGCCGGCAGGAGGCGGUGUUGAUGUUGCAGGGCCAGCGGCACGGGGUGUUCCUGGUGCGGGACUCGAGCACCAGCCCCGGGGACUAUGUGCUCAGCGUCUCUGAGAACUCCCGCGUCUCCCACUACAUCAUCAACAGCAGCGGCCCGCGCCCGCCGGUGCCGCCGUCGCCCGCCCAGCCUCCGCCCGGGGUGAGCCCUUCCAGACUCCGAAUAGGAGAUCAAGAGUUUGAUUCAUUGCCUGCUUUACUGGAAUUCUACAAAAUACACUAUUUGGACACUACAACGUUGAUAGAACCAGUUUCCAGAUCUAGGCAGGGUAGUGGAGUGAUUCUCAGGCAGGAGGAGACAGAGUAUGUUCGAGCCCUCUUUGACUUUAAUGGGAAUGAUGAAGAAGAUCUUCCCUUUAAGAAAGGAGACAUCCUGAAAAUCCGGGAUAAGCCUGAAGAGCAGUGGUGGAAUGCAGAGGACAGCGAAGGCAAGAGGGGGAUGAUUCCAGUCCCUUACGUCGAGAAGUAUAGACCUGCCUCCGCCUCAGUAUCGGCUCUGAUUGGAGGUAACCAGGAGGGUUCCCACCCACAGCCACUGGGUGGGCCGGAGCCCGGGCCCUAUGCCCAACCCAGCGUCAACACUCCGCUCCCUAACCUCCAGAAUGGGCCCAUUUAUGCCAGGGUUAUCCAGAAGCGAGUCCCUAAUGCCUACGACAAGACAGCCUUGGCUUUGGAGGUCGGUGAGCUGGUAAAGGUUACGAAGAUUAAUGUGAGUGGUCAGUGGGAAGGGGAGUGUAAUGGCAAACGAGGUCACUUCCCAUUCACACAUGUCCGUCUGCUGGAUCAACAGAAUCCCGAUGAGGACUUCAGCUGAGUAUAGCUCAACAAACAGUUUUGCUGACACAUGGGAACAAUCUUUUGUUUUGUUUUGUUUUCCAACUGCCAUCUAUACAGUUUUCUUACAGAUAUCAAGAGCAGUCUAGUUUAUAUAAGCAUUCUGUUACCUGUGACCUUUUUUAGACUGAACUACUACAUUCUUAGUCUUUCUUACCAUAUUCAGGGUACGAAACUGGAGGGCUGUGUAUUCACUUCUGAAUUAGCAGUUUUAGGUGGUCGUGGCUAUGCCUGUGUGUAUCAGAAGGGAGUGGUGUCUAGCCUCCUUUCUCUGAGACAAUGCAGGUCAAUCUGUAGAAAGCCAAUAGACAGGAGAGGAGUGCUGCACACUGCUUACCCUGAUUUACUCAAUGGAUUUUUUCAUUCUGAAACCAUACUAUCAAAUGGCAAUAGACUGUUCCCUUGUGCCCCCAUGCAGUAAUCAUGUACCGUGUGAAUAGUACCCAAUGGGAUUGCGGUUUCAUUUAUAGAACAUGACUGUUGUCUGACUCAUUCUGACAUUUCAAAUCCUGAGAAUUCUGAGGACACUACUAGAGGCAUUUGUCUUCCUUCCUGGUCAAUGCUUCAUACUUUUUCUUGGGAUAUUUUUAACCCAUGACAUUCUUUUCCCCAAAAUCUACUAGUAGGUGAACUCUUAGGUAAGUGUGGAUUUUUAUUCCAAUUGAGAAGCGGGAUACACAGAGCACUUUACUCAGUGCAUAGCUUUAAGCCAGUAUUGGAUUCACUAAGUGGACAGCCAAAUGCCUAGCUCUCUGCCUUCCCCCAAGGGGUCAUAGUAGGUUCACACUGCUACGGAAGUUAGAUUCCUGCCUAACAGGAUCUAGCAGGCCAUUUCUUAAGUGCUAGUAUCCUAAUAAGGGACUCUUGGAAUUCCUAAAUUCCAUAUACAGUGGAAGGACCAAUCAUAAUAUUCCAUAGAAGGUUUUGGGGCCAAAUUCUGCCCCCUGCUUUAUGUACAACUUGUGUAAAAGUCAAGUUAGAAUGACAUGACUGUUGGGGGUAGGUUUAGUGCUUUGAAAAA